AUGAAGACGUCUAUUGAUGGUAUCACUGCGGUAUCAGCUCAGCUUUUCGGCGGCGGCACUGCCAAAGGCUUCCGAAGUUUGGCCUUCGGAUUAACCUACGGCGAAGAUGGACGGUGGUCGGUGCAAGUAGGUGGCAAGUCGAAAGGAAGACACCGUGUUGUGCAACAUCCUUUCGGCGUGUCCCUUUACGCAACGCAAACUUGGCUCCUGCUGAGGCCGAAACGAGAUACGGCCCGCUUAUGCAAUUAUUUAGUGUUGCGCAAGGGGCCGAGUUGGCCGGUCAUUGCGUCACACGCCGUUACCUUAUCCAUCAGUAAAUCAUGA